AUGGAUGCAAGCCAAAGUUUCGUUCAGAAAUGGACUGGUCGCCCACUAGGAACACCAGAUGAUGAAGCUGAGGCCUUGCGUGCUGCUUUGUCAGAACACCCGCAUCCAAGAGCUUCAAGACCUGACUUUCUUCUUUGCACAAACCUGGCGGUCUUUUGUUGGUUGUUGCGGCGUCGGGGUAUGCGAAACAAAUUGCAGGACGUCGGGCCAGCUUUGCACGUGCUUGGAAUGGCAUUCUUGGCGGAUGUGCCGGACAUUUGGCGCUUAGAGAUGCUCGAGGACUUCCACCUUUGGUGGCAGUCAGUGGACAAGGAUAUUUUCGCAGCCUCUCAGGAGCUUCUGUCUGUCCAGAUGUGGUGGCAGAUGGGGGUCAGGAUCCCCUUCGUGCCGCUUGCUGGGACUUACCACACUGGGGCUACAUAUGAUCCACCCCAAAAACCAACGCUGCUGGUCUUGCGGAGUGCUUUUUGGCAUUUGCCGGCUGGGCGUGUUUUUGCUUCCCUGAUGGAGCGCUUCGCUUCAACGGGUGUGCACUUGGCAUGGCUGGGGCGAUAUGAUUUUUCCGUGCCAGAGCAUGGCCCGCAGGAGCCAAAGUGGCGCAGCCUCGACGAGAUGGCUCGGCACACAUGUGCGCUAGAUGUGCCAGCGGAGCUGUCGCAGCUCAAGGUGAGAGAUGUCAUGAGCAUUGGCUUGCCUUUGAUGUCGCCCGAACGUGCUUGGAUUCUGCGGUUGCUACACGAUAUGUACCGCGGUUGGGGUCAGCUGCAUGUUGAGUACAGCAGUGAGCGAACGCCUAGAAUUGAGAAGGAUGAUUGGCCUCAUGCGCCCUUCUACGAUCCUAAGGUGGACCCAAUCAGCAGGCUCUCAUAUUGGUUGCCCUUGGCUGAUCACUUUCGUUAUCCUCAUGUCCUGCACUUCGCCUCGCUGCCCGAGAUGCUCCACAUGGUGCAUCACACCAACUGGGCGGAUGUCAGUGUGAAAUUGCGUGCGCACAACCGCAAAGUGAUCAUCAACAGUGAGCAGCCCGCGACCUAG